AUGUCUAUUUCAACUGAAAGCGACGAGUUUUUCUUAAAUGCCCACAGAGGAACGCGAUCUAGACGAAACACCUUUGCUUAUGGUGACAGUGGUGGAUCGCAACUACCACAAGGACAGAUAUCUUCCAGCUCUAACGAACUUGUUCCUUAUUCAAAAGACUGGACAGUGAUUUUGCGUAACGAAAACGCUGGUCAACUUGUACUUUACAAUGCAGCUAACCGCCGAUUUUCUGUGAGACGGUUGCAACAGAAUGAUACUUCUUCAACAGUGCAGGCCUUUUCCACGCCUCACUCUUGCUAUAUGUGCGGUAGACCUUUUGAUGCAUCCCAUACUAAGACACCGGAACCGGACUUUAUGGCUAGAAACUAUUUUCGCUUGUUAGAAAAUUCGGAGAGUUCAAAUCUCGGUCCAGGCAUAACAAGAGAGCGUUCAUCAUCAUCGUCAUUAUCCGAGACGUUUUCACAUCAAACCUUCACUCCAACAACGGAAAUACCGGCAUCAUCGGAUAAUAUAGAAGAUCCUCCAACACUUUCACAGAGUUCAUUUAACCAAGGAUAUUAUGAAAGAUUUUUUAUUGAAGAAAAAAAGCUGGGUAGAGGAUAUCGUGGGUCCGUUUAUCUUUGCAAGCAUGUUUUAGAUAAUGUCCCGCUUGGUGAAUAUGCCAUUAAGAAGGUGGCCGUAGGAGAUAACCAUGCUUGGCUAGCUAGGAUGUUGAGGGAAGUUCACUUAUUGGAAAAAUUACGUCAUCCAAAUAUUGUGGAAUACAAACAUGCUUGGUUGGAAUAUCAUCAGCUAACAAAUUUCGGUCCACAAGUACCAUGUUUAUUUAUAUUAAUGGAACGCGCAAAUGGUGGGAAUUUAGAGGAAUACAUUGAUGUGCAACCGCAGCUUUCUUUUGAGCAAGAUUCUGGAGAAAAGCUUACAUCGAUGAAACGAAAACUACGUGCGAAAAGAAUGCGACAUGCAGAUCACAUGUGCGAAGAGCCCUCCACUAGCACUUCUCCAGUGAUCUCCAAACGUCUAUUGGAUGUACAAGAAAUUAAUUUGUUAUUUAUGAACAUUUGUGAAGGAUUGGCUCAUCUUCAUCAGCAAGGAAUCGUGCAUCGUGAUUUAAAACCUUCGAAUUUAUUAUUGCACUAUAAUGAUCCGAAUAAUCGAGUCGGCAUACCACGAAUUUUGAUAUCUGAUUUUGGAGAGUGCGAAAUAUUGGACGAACUUACCGACCGCGAUCGAACUGGUGCUACUGGAACUUUAGAGUUUAUGGCGCCAGAAUUAUUAACUGUGGACGAUAGAGGGUUAUAUCUUAAAGAUUAUUCACCGAAAUCCGACAUGUGGUCAUUAGGAAUGGUGCUUCAUUAUUUAUGUUAUUCAAGACUUCCAUAUCGCCAAGUCGAAGACGUUGACUUGCUGAAAGAUGAAAUCUUGCACUUUCAAGGCAAUAGCAUUCGAUUUUCGGAAUACGACGCGUCGAUUCGGGGCACGUCAAAUGAACGUCGAAUUCCUCUUUAUCUUCGAAGUCUGAUUACGCGUUUACUGUCACGUAAUUCAAAAGAUAGACCUUCCUGUGAAGAGAUUUUGAAUUCUAUCGGAGAGAUCAAAUCAACUUUCAGGGAAUCCGUUAAUGAACCUUUGUUUGCAGAUCUGCCUUCCAUGAGUGACGGCGAGCCACAAGUUUCUACGGCUUCGGCAUCUGUCGAUUCAGAAUCCGAAUUUUCAAAACUGUCAGGUGUUGUUUUUAAUAAUCAUUUGGAAAUCGAGCAGUCUGAUCCUGCGUCAGAAACAUCAUCUUCUAAAUUGGUGGUUGAUAACGAACAACUCGGUGAUGAUAAUAUACGAAGGCGAAAGAAAAAAAAUGGGACGCACGAAAUUGCAGGUAGUGACGUGUCACAAUCGAAUGCUUACCUUAACGUCGAGAGGGAGGUGAUUAUUGGGCAGAGUCCUGCGGUUGUUCAGAAUAUCCCAAUCAAUGGAAGUUCGGCAGCCAUGGUUCGUUUGAUGCCCGCAUCUCGAUCUAUGUAUUUUCCGAGAAUUAUAUACUCUUAUAUUUUUGAAAAUGGUGGCUUUUGGAAGAUAGCAAAAAUCUUAAUUUUUCUUCUCAAGAUCACGACAUGUACAUCUCCUUGUUCGCCAUUUUUACCUUCACCAUGGGUAUUCUAUCCGAUUUUAAUAUUUGCAAUAUUGGAUCUUUUGGUAAAAAAAGGGAAAACACAUUUGAUGUUGGGUUUCGCGCAUGUACUAUUAAUAUCAACAUUUGCCAUGAGAGGAAGACUGUGCGAAAACAGGGCGGCACAAGGUGAUCAAAACGACAUGUGGUCAGAAUUAUAA